GCGACUCUUAACCCGGAAGCGGUUGGUGUUUACGGCGGAACGUUUUCGGCCGCAGAAAAACGAUUUAAGGAAAAAUCUCAAGACUGUAACGGGAUGGAUUCUCCGGUCAGAAGUGAAAGCGCCAGUCCUAAGCAAAGAGAGAAAAAUGGCCGUUUGGAGGAGGAGUCUAGUCCAGGAGCUCAAAGGCCCCAGGAAGCUAACGCAAGGGAGACAGUUCCUAAAAAGCAAUCCACUCCGGAGGGCAGUCCAAGAGGUCGGAACCAGUCGAAGAACUCCUCCUCGAGCAGCUCGGACAGCAGAAGCGGUGAUGAUGAUGAUGAUGACGACGAUGAUGAUGACGACGAUGAUGAACAUGAACAUGCUCUCAGGAAGAUUAGGAGCAGCGUGGCUCACAUACAAAGAUCCAGGUGCAAGGAGAGUGACAGAUCCUCGUCCAGAGAGAGUAAAGGGUCCAAGGAAGAGGAUGGGUCCAAGUCCAAAGAAAAGAACCGAUCCCAAUCCAGAGAAAGAGAUGGGUCAAGGUCAAGGUCCAGAUCCAGGGGACGGGAAAGGUCGAGAUCCAGAUCCAGGGAACAACAAAGAUCGCGGUCCAGAUCCCGAGAACGGGGAAGAUCGAGGUCUAGAUCAAGGGGACGGGAUAGAUCCAGGUCAAAGGGACGGGACCGUUCCAGAUCCAGAGACCGGAACAGAGAGCGCUUCGACAGAAGACGCUAUGGACGAGAUCGCUACGACGAUCGGCGCGAUGACAGGGACAGGCGUUUUGAUCGGCGGCCCAACAGAGAUGAGGAUUCGGAGCGCAGGAGGCGGGGGCGCUCCGCCUCCCCUCCGGAGCCAGCGGCAGCCGAAGAGCCGCCGGUGAAGAAGAAGAAGGAGGAGCUGGACCCCAUCCUGACGAGGACGGGCGGCGCUUACAUCCCCCCUGCCAAGCUGCGCAUGAUGCAGCAGCAAAUUUCUGACAAGAGCAGCCUGGCCUAUCAGAGGAUGAGCUGGGAGGCUCUGAAGAAGUCUAUCAACGGUCUGAUCAACAAAGUCAACGUGUCCAACAUUGUGAACAUCAUCCAGGAGCUGCUGCAGGAAAACAUCGUCAGGGGAAGGGGUCUUCUGGCUCGGUCAGUGCUUCAGGCUCAAGCAGCAUCCCCCAUCUUCACUCAUGUCUACGCUGCUGUCGUUGCCAUCAUCAACUCAAAGUUCCCGCAGAUUGGAGAGCUGAUCCUCAAACGCCUCAUCUUAAACUUCAGGAGGAGCUACCGCCGCAACCUCAAGCAACAGUGCCUGACAGCCUCCAAGUUUGUGGCCCAUCUCAUCAACCAGAACGUGGCCCACGAGGUUUUGUGUUUGGAGAUGCUCACUCUGCUGCUGGAGCGUCCGACCGACGACAGCGUGGAGGUCGCCAUCGCUUUCCUCAAGGAGUGCGGACUCAAGCUGACCGAGGUCUCGCCGCGUGGAAUCAACGCCAUAUUUGAGCGUCUCAGGAAUAUCCUCCACGAAUCGACUAUUGACAAAAGGAUCCAGUACAUGAUCGAGGUGAUGUUCGCCAUCAGGAAGGAUGGCUUCAAAGACCACCCCGUCAUCCCAGAUGGCCUGGAUCUGGUGGAUGAGGAGGACCAGUUCACCCACAUGCUGCCGCUGGAGGACGAGUAUAACCAGGAGGAUAUCCUCAACGUGUUCAAGAUGGACCCAGACUUCCUGGAGAACGAGGAGAAAUACAAAACCAUUAAAAGAGACAUCCUAGACGAGGGAAGCAGCGAUUCAGGAGAGGAGGGGGAUGGCAGCGACGAGGACGAAGAUGAUGAAAACGAGAACGAGGAAGAGGGAGGAGAUGAGAAGGUCACCAUCUUUGACAAGACAGAAGUCAACCUCGUUGCUUUCAGAAGAACCAUUUACCUCGCUAUUCAGUCCAGCUUGGACUUUGAGGAAUGCGCCCACAAACUGAUCAAGAUGGACUUCCCUGACAGCCAAACUAAAGAGCUGUGUAAUAUGAUCCUGGACUGCUGUGCUCAGCAGAGGACCUAUGAGAAGUUCUUCGGUCUGCUUGCUGGGAGGUUCUGUUUGCUGAAAAAGGAGUACAUGGAAAGCUUUGAGGCCAUAUUUUCUGAGCAGUACGAUACCAUCCACCGACUGGAGACCAACAAACUGAGGAACGUGGCCCGACUGUUCGCUCAUCUGCUCUACACAGACUCGGUGCCGUGGAGCGUGUUGGAGUGCAUCCGGAUGAGCGAGGAGACCACGACAUCGUCCAGCAGGAUUUUUGUGAAAAUCCUUUUCCAGGAGCUCUGCGCCUACAUGGGCCUCCCAAAUCUCAACCAGCGGCUCAAAGACCCAACCCUGCAAGCCUUCUUUGAGGGUCUUUUCCCUCGUGAUAAUCCCAGAAACACUCGCUUUGCCAUCAACUUCUUCACCUCCAUCGGACUGGGAGGCUUGACCGAUGAGUUGCGGGAACACCUGAAGAACGCGCCAAAGAUGAUUAUGACUCAAAACCAGGAAAUCGAAUCGUCUGACACGUCGUCCUCGUCGUCGUCCUCCUCCUCCUCGGAGUCUUCCUCCUCUGAUUCCUCCAGCGAAUCAGAUUCUGACUCUUCAGACUCCUCCAGCAGCAGCUCAGAUUCUGACAACAAACACAAGAAGAAGAAGAAGAGAAAAGGACAAAGCAACGAGAAAAAGAAGAAAGAAAAGGACAAGAAGAGGAAGAAGGAGACGGUGGACAAGAGGCGAAAAGGGGGCAGGAAGGAUAAAGACGACAACAGCGACGGGGAGAAGCAGGCGAGGAAGGACAGGAGGGACCGUGGACGAGACGUGGAGGAGCGCGCACGCGAGGAUGCCCGGGGACGAAGGCGAGGAGAAAGGUCGGAGGAAGAGGAGCGGCAGGAGGAGGACGGCAGGAGACGAAAAGAGGACCGGCAAAGAGAUGACGACAGCGAAAGGGACAGAGGGAGAGAGAGGGACAGGGAGCGAGGGAGGGAGCGAGAGUUUGAGGAGAAGAGGGAGAGGGACAGAGAGAGGAAUAAGGAGAACAGAGACAGGAACAGAGAGAGAGAGGAGAGGAGGAGGAGAUGAGACUCUACAGCAGCAGCAGUGAUGGACAGAUGACUGACAGACGUCCUUCUCUCCUGUCAUCCCUCUUUACGUUGUCCUGACCGUCUGCCAUCAUGAACUCGGGGACCUGUCGUUCUCUGUCCUCUUCAGCGUGUUUUCUAUUGUUCAUUCUUGUUAUUUUUUCAAAUCAGACAAAAAGAACAAAAACAUUAAAGUUUCUAGAGAUGUUUUCGAUCCCUUUUGUUUCCAGUUUCUUUGACUCCGACCCGUAGAGAACCCGGUAUCUACCGCUAGAACCGCAGCCAGACACCCACGCUGCCAGUACUCGUCGCUGUAACCGAUGAUGUUUACUAAAGUGCUGCUUUAAGAUCAAUGUUUUUAGCUGGCAGCACUUUUAAUAAUUUUUUACCUUUUUUUUGUUUCUAAUUAUCUUACAGUUUUUAACUGAUAGCUGUUUCCCUCUGAAUUGCUUUGUGUGAGGACAGUCCCCCAUACAUGCUCCAACCUGUGGCCCCAGGGUUGGCUGACUCCAUCUGAGCAAGCACAGCAGAAUAAAAGAAGUGGCCUUAUUACAACGAGUCAAUUGAUAAAAGGUGAACAAAGUUUUGACAGACGGAAGGGAGCACUUAGGCGACGAUAAACCGCUGGUUUGUUACACGCUGUGGUGUGAAGCGGCGCCAUCCAGGGGCUGCAGAUGAGCCGACAGCAAAGAUUAGAGCUUGGUUAUGCCCUCGGUGAAGCUAUACCGGUCGUCUCCUGUCCCGGCUUGUCUUAAUGUACAGAAUUUGUGCUGCUUCGGUGUAUAUCAUUGGGAUUUUAUGUAAAAGGCAAACGGUAAUACAAAUGGUAAAGGGGACAGAAAAGAAUGUCGAUGUUUUUUUGUUUUUUGCAAAUAAAAAUCUGAAAAGUG